CAGCCUCAUCCUACUCCAAACCAUUCUUUCCAACACAACUUCUAAACAAUGCCUUCCUUCUGCAACUUCAAGACGGAACUUAACAAGGUAUUAUUUGAAGGAGACUCCUUUUAUAGAGAGGUGAUACUGAAUAGACCAACCAAAUUAAAUAGCCUCGAUUAUGAAGUGAUUUCUCUGAUGCUUAAGAAUUUCAGAGAUUUUGAAACAGAUUCUACCGUUAAAUUUGUAAUUCUGAAGGCAAAUGGGAGAGCGUUUAGUGCAGGUGGAGAUGUCGUUUCGAUUGUUAGUUCCAUGAUAACAGGACAUUGGUGUUUUGGAGCAAGAUUUUACAAGAAACAAUUUAACUUAGACUACUUACUUGCAACAUAUAAAAAACCUUUGCUUCCACUCAUUGAUGGUAUUGUAAUGGGAGGAGGUGCUGGCUUAUGUAUGAAUGGAAGGUUUAGGAUUGUCACUGAGAAAGCUGUAUUUGCAAUGCCAGAAGCAUCAAUAGGACUUUUUCCAGACGUAGGGGCUUCACAUUUUCUUUCUAGGCUCCCAGGGAAUUUUGGAGAAUAUUUAGGACUCACAGGGGGCAGACUAAAUGGGGCAGAAAUGCUUGCAUGUGGCUUGGCAACACAUUUUCUUUUCUCUAAAGAUUUAUCUUUGCUGGAAACUGCACUCAAAACGCUACCGUCAUCAGAUAUGACCAUAAUUUAUCAAGUCAUCAAUAAAUUUGCUCAAAAACCAAAGCUAAAGCAAGAUACUAUUUAUCAAACCCAAAGGUUGGAGACUAUUAAUAAAUGUUUCUCAAAAGAUACCGUUGAGGAAAUCUUACUGGCACUUGAAAAUGAGGUGAAAAACAAUCCAGAAAUUUGGAUCAAUAAAGCAAUAAAUUCCAUGAAGGCAGCUAGUCCUACUAGUCUCAAGAUUACACUUAGAUCGAUCAGAGCAGGACGAUUGCAAAAUUUAAAACUAUGUCUCACACGUGAAUACACAAUUUGCUGCAAUGUUUUGCGAGCAACUGUUAGCAAUGAUCUGUACGAGGGUUCAAGAGCUAUGCUAUUUGACAAGGACAAGAAACCAAAGUGGGAACCUUCAAAACUGGAGUUAGUAAGCAAAGAAAUGGUGGAUCGCUAUUUCAAUGGCAUAGACGAAGAUGACUGGAAAUAUCUGCAAAUUCCAGAAAGAUCUGUAACAUCAAUGGACGUUUUGAUGCCUAAACUUUAAAUAUUUUAUAUUAUAAACAAAUAAAU